GCGUUUGUGAUCGGAUGGCGCGCUUUUCGAUUUCAUAAUUAUUUCUUUUGUGUUCUAGAAUCGAUGAUCUCUUGAUAUUUGAUGAUAUAUUGUCGAGUUUACGAUAUGAGUUCUCCAGAAAGAGAUUCCAUCACUUGUACCGAUGAGUUGCAGGUUUUUGCCCUACUCAGUCUGCAUGAGUCACCGCGAAAACUUAUAAGGAAAGAGGAUGGCAAUAACUUUCACUGCCAUUUUGCCCUACCCCUCCCCAGUCAGGUUAUAGUGUUUGCUGUGGGGGACUGGGACAAGCAUGUCGAAAGUAACUGCAUUGUCACUGAGGUAUCCCUGGAGUCCGAGCAGCUACCUAAGAGAAUAGGAAUUCUGACCAAGGAAAAUAAGGCGCUAUGUUGGCAAGCAGAAUGGGGGAAGAACUUCAUCAACCGUAGCCUUGAAUUGCUAAAGGAGGACAGAAUGGCAAAAUUAACAGUAACGAUUCAAAAGAAAGAUCUCCAAAAAGAAAAUCAAAAACUUGCACAAAAGGUGUUUAGCACAAAGACGAGCCCCAAAACACUGUUUAGCAAAACUUCCAAGCAAGGAACACCUGGAGGCAAAACAAAAACAUCUGGUGUGUUACAGCCAAGGAACAAAAAUGUCAAGUUGGAUGAGCUUUGGGCAACAAAUGGAAAAGAAACAAAGCCUGAUACAACAACGACCACUGAGACAUAUGUAGUGACCACUUCUGUCAGUGAGAGGAAAAAGCGGACCCCAAACGGCAUCAUCAAAACGUAAGUACAGAGAAAGAGAGAGGUGUAUACAAGUGAAACCCUCAAUUUGUUUGUCUGGAUCUGUUUCUUUGC